UAUUAAUAAGGCCAAAAAGAUAUUUUUAAUUUUAACGAAAAACAAAUUCUUUGUAGCUUAAAUGGAAUAUGGAUGUAAAUGUAAACAACGAUGGAAAAUUUCUUAAUCCUACCUAUGUCACAUUGGAAAACUCAGAUUUGAUAUCUAGUUCCAGUUCUGAAAAUGCAAAUAAAACUUCUGACCAAGCUGAAAUUUUUUCGGCAACAAAUGAUCCACUUGCUGAUUUAUUAAGAAAAUGGAACUUAUUUGACGAUCUUUAUGAAGUCUUGAAAUCAAAAAGAGUUACCCUGGAAGUACUAAUGUAUAUGAAAGAAAGGCAUGUAGAUGAAAUUUUUAGUGGGCAAAACUUCGACAUUAAAAUUAUAUUUGAACAUAAACUUGGGGAUUGGCAAAAUGAAUGUGGAAUAUAUAAUUUGAAACCCCAAUCAUGGCCCGGAGCUUCUAAAAAUGUUAAUUCUCCGAUUCAUCAGUGGCUUGCUAAUAUUGGAGAAAAAACACCGUCUUCGACCUGCAGUCACUACUCAGAAGCCAACGUUUCACGUACUGCUUCACGAUGCUUAAAUGUUUUUCAAAUGAACGUGUUGAGUAUUUUGGAAAAAGUUGAGCAAAGUAAAUCCUUGUUAAAGAAGUAUGAGGAAACACAAAAACUAACACCCGAUGAUAGAACUUGGAUCGUGCAUCACAUUAUACAGCAUGUGGUAGAAAAUGAGAAGAAAAUAACCGUUAAUCAAUGUAAGGAUUUGGCGGAACAGAUUAUUAAUAUUUUCCCAACUGAAAGUGUGGUUACUUACUUUAGUCAAGAUAAUAAAAAAAAUCCGCCGAAAGGAAAAUUAUGGGAUCGUUAUCAAAAUAGGCAACGCUUACUCAAAAAAACUGUGAACCAAAACCGAAAACGAAAACUUGCUGAAGAUUUCGAAAAUAUAAAUCCUAGUGAAACGAGUGCUGACUUUGAGGAACUCAAAAGAAUUUCGGCUGAAUUAAAAUAUAUUAGGGAUUGGGAGCAAGUGCUAAAAAAAUGGAACCAAACAAUUUUGUAUAGGAAAAAAAAAUUGGACGAAAAUAAUAUGACUCUACAGGAAAUUUUAAAAGAUUGGCCAUUAUUCAAAUGCUCAAGAGCUCCUGAACUGGUAAAUAUCGAUUAUAUGUUUUCGUAUCCAGAAAACAAUUUCAAUUUUUCGAAAUGGGAAAAAUUUUGCGAAGUUGCAGAGAAAAUUUUUUCUGAGAGGGUUAAAGAUAUAAAAUGCAAGGGUUUCCUUAAAAAAACCAUUGAAAAAAAACAUUCUCUUAGCUCAGAUAACUUAAACAUAUGUUUCAUGAGAUUACUACACGCAAUUUUAAUUCCUCACACUAAGGUUUUUCAAGGGUCCUUUAUAAAAUAUACAAUUAAAGAUUCUCAAGAAUCUUUCACCAUGCCUGUAUCUCAAGCAAGUGAUGUAGAUAAAAUUAUUGCAGAAAAAAGAACAAAUUGCAUAAAAGAAAAAUCAACAUUGCAGCCUUUUAUAGUUAUAGUCGGAAAAGAAUUCGAAUAUAACAUGUUCUACGUUUGCUUAGAUGACAUUAAAUUUGCUUUUGAGUCAUACGUCGAAACGAUACAAUUUUGCUUUAAGUUAAUGUACACGCUGAAUUUAAAAUAUCCAAAUGAAAGCGUUUCAUUUUGGACUUUCAUACAGAAAUUCCUUUUUGAUAUUCAAACGCAAACAGUAGCAAUUCCUAUAUUGUUGAAAAAUGCUUGGGAAAUGCUUUUUGGAUUUGAAACAGAACGACAUCAGAGCGACGAUUAUGCAAACAAUUGCUGUGGUAUGGAAUAA